GAACUUGGUGCUUCAUAUCCAGUUGGGUGGACGGCACUGCAUAUGGCGGCUUGGGGAGGCCACGAACGAGUUAUCAAGAAACUUCUGACGAAAGUUGCCGACGUUGAUUCAACGAACGAUUAUAGGGAAACGGCACUUCACUGUGCUUGUCAGUAUGGUCGCUUAGAAGCGGUUAAGACGCUGAUUGAUAAGAAGGCUGAUGUCAACCGAGAUAACAGACUGGAAGAAACACCUUUGCAUUAUGCCUGCGACAACGGUCAUCUGAAAGUGGCUAUAACGCUUAUUGAGAAGGGAGCCAAUGUCCACUCAAAGUCUGGGAGAGGAUAUACACCGCUACAUUAUGCCUGUCGCAGUGGCCAUAAGGAAGUGGCCGAGAUGCUGAUCAAAGAGGGAGCCGAGAUUGACGCAGAGUCUGCAACUGGA